ACAAUGAUUUCGAAGUUGAUCAAAUGAUUUAUGUUGAAUCGAUCGGAGAAGAAGAAGAUAUUGUUUCAAAAGCUUCUAAAUUGUUAUAUCUUCUUAGCAGAGGUUCAUUGGAAACUGAUCAUCAGUCAACUGAGAGUAAAUCACUUAUUGGGCUUAGUGUCAAGUGUGAACAAGAUGCUUAUAAUCUUUACAACGAUCAUGCUUUUGAAAAUGGAUUUGGUAUUCAUAGAUACAAACAGAGGUUUAGGAGUGGCAAUGUAAGUUUGAUUAUGAAGUCUUACUGUUGUUGGAAAGAAGGAAAGAAACAACAAAAGGGUACUGAAAACAAAAUGUAUACGAAGUUAGAUUAUCGGUCUGAUUGUAAAGCGAAGUUACAGUUUUCUAUUAGUAUUGAUGGUGAAUGGACUGUUUCAAAGCAUAUUAUUGAUCACAACCAUGCUUUUUGUCCAAUUGAUCAAAGACACCUGCUGAAAUCACAUAGAGGCAUUGAUCGUGAGUAUCUUGAGUUUAUUAUGUUGAUGAAGGAGAGUGGGACAAAGGUUUCAGAUGUUCACAGGAUGCUUCAAAAACAGGCUGGUGGUGUUAGUGCUCUUGGAUUCACAAAAGGUGAUGCUUAUAACGUUCUAGAAUUUGAAAGAAGUAAAACAUUUGAUGGUACUAAUAUUAACACUUUGAUUGGUAUAUUGAAGAAAAGGGCUGAAGUGGAAUCUGAUUUUUUCUUUGAUUUUGAGCUGGAUGACAGUGUACUGAGUUGUUUUUUCUGGAGAGACGGUCAAAUGAGAUCCGAUUAUGAGAGGUUUGGAGAUCUAGUUGUGCAUGAUACAACUUACAGGACUAACAAGUAUGACAUGAUAUGUGGUCCGUUUAUUGGUAUGAAUCAGCACUGUAAAAACAUAAUGUUUGGUUGUGGCUUUAUGCUGAACGAAAAGGUGGAGUCUUUUGUUUGGUUAUUUCAAAAUUUUGUUAAAUCUAUGGGUGGUAAGCACCCCAUCAGUUUCAUGACAGACCAGUCAUUUCCAUGGCAGUGGCUAUCAAAUCUGUGUUUCCUGGAGCAAGACAUAGACUCUGCACUUGGCAUAUAGAUGAAAAUUCAAAGAAACACAUCAUGCAUCUACGCAAGAAGUUAAAUUUUGUUCCUCUGUUUGAUUAUGUUGUGAAGCAAUGUGACACAAUUGCAGAGUUUGAUUUCUAUUGGAAUGAAUUGAAUAGAGUUUAUGAAUGCAGUGACAACACAUGGUUGAAUAGGUUGUAC